CUCUGUUUCUCUUUCUAAUUAAAUUUCCAUAUCUCAUUCCUACCUUGGAAACAAGUUCAAAUCAAAUCAAUUUCAAGAUUCACAAACCCCACUCUGUCAAGAACAGAUCUUCUUGCGCUGUUUAACUUUCCAUUAUCACCAUCUUUCCCUCUCUGGUGAAGUUCAUCAAUGGCAAUACCAUCAAACAGAUCUCCAUCCCCAGUUUUCACAAGACCAAACCCUAAUCCAAGAAACUCACAGAACAAUUCCACCUUCAGAAGAAGUUUCAGUGGGAACCCAUUUCCUCGACCUUCCGUUACUACAAACCCCAGAAGUUUGAACCCAGUCACCCCUGCUAAUAGCCCUUCAGAUUUUGCAGGAAGACACUAUGAGGGGAAAGAAGACCCCGUUUCUUUAAGGGGUUCAGAAGAGAAAGAGAAUGAGAAGGACCAGAAUCUGAAAGGAGUGAAAGCUCGAUCACCCGCGAAAAAUUUCAUGUCACCGACGAUCUCUGCGGCUUCUAAAUUCACCCCAUCACCGAAAAAGAAAAUUUUGGCGGAAAGGAACGAGCCUGUCCAGACUUCGAUUUCAGUUUCUAGUGGAAAAGUCCGGUUCAAUUCAGUGAAUCUGUCAGAUAUUACUGAAGAUUCUGAUUUAAAGCCUUCAAACAUGAGUUUGGAUCAGAAUGAAACUGGGAGUUCACUCGUUGAAUCACUCGAUUCAACCAAUGUGGAACCAGGCCAGAUCAAGGAGGCAACUGCUAUGAAUUUGAACACAGAAAGUUCACUUUCAGAGGCACCUCUAAAUUCCCAGAAUGUUUCUGAGUCAUUAUCAGAGGUGAUUUCUGUGAGUUCUGAUUUUGUCAAUGUUGAGCCAAGUACCAAGAGUAGGCCUUUUUCUUCAUCAGUGUCACCAAUUAUAGCACCACUAGACGCAGACCCAUCUCUUCCUCCUUAUGAUCCCAAAACUAAUUACCUUUCACCAAGGCCUCAGUUUCUUCACUAUAAACCCAACCCAAGAAUUGAACUUUAUCUGAACAAGGAAAAAGGGCUUGGUAUUGGAGAAGCUAAGCAGCUUGAAGAGAGCUUCAACUCUGAAAACUCUUCGGAUGCUGAUCUUACUGAAGAAACUCAGUCUGAAGACUCGCAGAAAGAAUCUGAGGAAGCUUCUUUGGUUGAGAUGAUACCGGAAGAAGUAGCAGAACCUGAUGUUCCUGAACCAGUAACGAUAGGAACCCCCAUUAGUACUGAAGUAGAUACUGAAAUCUCUAAGGAGACUGUUGAAGUGAAAAGAGUCUCAAAAUUGAGGCUUUUUACGAGAUCAACAUCUAUUUCUCUGCUUUUGCUAUUCCUGAUUGCAUGUGUAUCAGUCUCAGUUACUGAUUCUCCUGUUAUUGACACAUCUGUAUGGCAAGAUAUGAGGUUUUCUAAGCUUUAUGACUCAUCUGAAGUUAUUUUUGCAAAAGAAAAUUUUGAUGGGCUUGCUAGGAAUUUCAAACACUGGUCAGCUAACUCUGUCUCUUACCUCUAUAAGUUGAUUCCUAUUCCUAGUGAAGCAGAGAGAUUGGGAGCAUUGCGAUUCAGUAACUUGACUGCUUUACAAGAGGAUAUUUUAGGACGUUGCUGCCAUUUGGUUGAUCACAAUGACCAGAGCUUAGAAGAAAUCUAUGAAGGAGAAGUGUUGGAACCUGUGAGAGAUGAGGAGGUUGAAAUGGGACUAUCAGAAGAGGAGGAGGUUUAUUCAGAGGUUGAUGCUGAUGACAAUGGUGAAGUGGCAUCAGAAAGCCAAGGUUACACAGAAACUGAAGAAGGGAAUCAGACGCAAGAAGCUGAAGUGAAUGAACCAAAUAAUUCAGAAGUGGUUUUGGACCAAGAAGAAAGGGAUACCACUGCCUACCUUGAUGCUGAACCCGAAAAUACCUUAAACUGCAAAGAACAAUCAGCUCCAAUUUCUCUUGGUAUGUCAGAAGAAGGUAUUGAUCUUGGUUCUUCUGCCAAAGCUGAUACCACUACGGUGAAUUUGAAUCAUGAUAGCUCCUCAAAAAUGGCUCCUUCAAUUGAGGAUUUUCAUAAUCCAGAAGUGCUGAAUUCUCCACUCAGCAGGUCAGAAGCCAAGUUCUCCAAGCGUGAUAUGUUGGGAAUUUUUUUGCUUUUUCUGGCUUUAGCGGCCACUACUGCUUUUAUAUAUUGGAAGCAAUCAAAAGCUACUACCCCAAACGAAGUGGUUCAUGGUGAUCUAUUGUUGACUAAGAAGCUGAUAUCCAACCCAUUAGCUGCCAGUAUCAACCCUAUGUACCAGGACAAACCAUCAUCACAAAAUUGGCAGACCGAGGUUGACGUGGUUGGAGAGUCAUGUCCCUCAGAAAUGAGCAGCUAUCAGAAGAGCUCAUCUUAUAGCAAGAAAUUCCUGGGGGGAGCAGACGAAGCUCAGAGCCAUGAGAGAAAGCCGAGGAAGAACCAUAAACGAGAAUCAUUGGCUUCUUCAUCAGAAUACUCCAUGGGCUCGCUUUCUUACGGAAGUUUCACAACAUAUGAGAAGAUUUCCAGCAAGCAUGCAAGUGGAGAAGAAGAAAUCGUGACCCCUGUUAGGCGCUCAAGCAGGAUCAGAAGCCAAGUCACUUCUCCAUGACAAUUGGAAGGAAACUUUGCCUAUUGCCACUGACUGUGUUGCAUUGGUUUUGAUUGUAAUCCAAACACCUGGUUAUGUUGGUGCCUACUAAUCACCAACUUUCUCUUAUUUUAAUGCCCUACUAAUCAACCACUUUAUGUAUUUUAAUUGUGACUUGUGCCUUUUGCUUCAUGGAGUGGUGACAUGCUUAUUUCCUGUACUUAUUGAUUUUUUUUUUUCAGAAAUUAUUAAGUGUUGCUGUUUGAUGCCUUUUCCA